UAGUUCCAGCACCGAUGAUUGUAUGUUCGCAGUAAUUCAAUAACUUUUCAUAUAAAUGCAAGUCUGACAGGCUGGGAAAUAACUACCUGUCAAUGUAAUCUGAGGCAUCUCUGAAACACAGAGGGGACUGUAUUUCAUUCAAGAAAUUGCGGUUCAUUUAAUAAUAAAAGGAAGUGGAUUACGUGCUACUACCCAUAGGCUGUGUGUCCAGGAGCUGUGAUUAUGCACACGGCCACAGAGGAGCUACUGCUUGGCUGUUUGAGUUAAUUGUGCACUGGGUUGCUGCACACAGGUCAUGUUUGAGGAGCUUGUGAAAGGCAGCCUUGGCUGAGCAAGCAGAAGUGCCGUGUGCAAAGAUUAGUAGAGUGCAAAGUGAUGCUGAUUGGUGGGGAGUAUUUAAACCGGGUGUAAGAGCAUACAGCUGAGUGCAGCAUGCUGCUUACAUGUAAAGGGGGCAGAUUAUGUAUUCAUGGUGAACUCCUAAUUCUAAAGAGGAGAAUAUUGAUGUAGAGGAACAGAAUUUUUGUUCUGGAUAUCGCUGGGACAAGUUUUUCUGGUAAUUUAUGGAAUAACAUCCCAUUUGGCAUUACAAUAUUUGAAGCCUGGAAAGAUAAUGGAGAGUGAAUCAGACAGUGAUUUGACAAGGGACCAGUCCACCCUGGCUACUUUAAAUAACAAAAAUGUAACCUUGGUGACUUUUCAUAAGCGGCAAUCAUCUAAUGCCGUGCCUACACUACUGAUUGUCAAUGAACCCUCCAAGUCAGGAUCUCCUGGAAAAGCAGGCGGCUGUUCUCAGAAAGAAGAGAAAGUUUCACAGAGUUACUCUGUGGGAGCAUCAGAAGUCAACAGCAUGCAUGCUUUGUCUAAGUCUAGGUCCCCUCCUAGUUGUGUAUGGGAACCAACCAUGAAGCAGAAUUUUGCCUUUGACAACGUCGGCUACGAGGGGAGCGCUGAAAAUAUGCCCUCUCUGCUUCCUCAAAUGAGCACCAUCACGGUCAAUAUUUUUGGUAUGACUUGCCAGUCUUGCGUGCAGUCGAUAGAGGGCAGAAUUUCCAAGGUGAAGGGCGUUGUGAGCACCAAGGUCUCCCUUGAGCAGAGCAAUGCUGUAGUAAAAUAUAUACAGUCAGAAAUAGGUCCCCAAGAGAUUUGCCAGGAAAUUGGAGACAUGGGCUUUGAUGCCAGCAUUGCAGAAGGAAGAACUACACCAUUAUCUGUAAGAUCGACGUCCUUGGGAGAAGCACUAAUGAAGCUCCGGGUAGAAGGUAUGACAUGCCAAUCUUGUGUCAACACCAUUGAAGGAAAGAUUGGAAAACUACAUGGUGUGUUGAGAAUCAAAGUCUCCCUCAGUAACCAAGAAGCAGUCAUUGCUUACCAGCCUUACAUCAUUCAACCUGAAGACCUCAAAAACCACAUAGAUAACAUUGGGUAUGAAAGCACUAUUAAGAGCAAGCUAGCCCCAUUAAAGCUUGGUACGAUUGAUCUAGAACGCUUGCAGACUACAAGCACAAAGAAAACUCCAGCCAGCCUGAACAAUAGUAAUGUGGAGCCAGUGGUGGGCAAAAUGAAUAGUACAACAACUAUGAUGCUGGGAGUAGAAGGGAUGCAUUGCAGGUCUUGCGUCAAAAACAUUGAAGGAAAUAUAUCCAGUCUUCCAGGCGUACAAAGUAUUAAAGUGUCAUUGGAAUAUAAAAAUGCUGUCGUGCAAUUUAACCCAAACGUAAUUACCCCAGUAUCUUUGCAACAAGCCAUUGAGGCCCUUCAACCUGGUAACUUUAAAGUAUCCCUCCCUAAUGGAGUGGAAACAAAUAAUGGAGAGCUUUUAUCAAAGGCAGCAUUUUCAUCACCUCAGCUUCAUAGCACAUCCUCUGGGGAUCAACUGACAAGCACAACUGUACUUAGUAUUGAUGGAAUGACCUGUGGAUCCUGUGUACAGUCCAUAGAAGGCACAAUGUCCCAAAGAAAAGGGGUACAACAUAUAUCAGUUUUGUUAGCUGAAAGGACUGGAACCAUACACUACAAUUCAACUGUAACUAAUUCAGAAGAGCUAAGAUGUGCUAUAGAGGACAUGGGAUUUGAUGCUUCCAUUCUCACAGAUACCACCACUUGGAAAUAUAUGGAUCAGCCUAUUUUCAGGGACGCUACAAUUCACUCUAAUGCUUGGGAGUCAGCUUCCCAGAGAACAGAAAAUGUUUCUGAAUCAUCUCAUCAAGGCUACAUGUCUGAUGUCCAGCCAAAGAAUUCUUCCCUUGAUAGUCCAAAGCCACCCAGUGUAGCAACAACAGAAAAGUGCUUUAUGCAGAUCACAGGCAUGACCUGCGCAUCAUGUGUGUCGAACAUUGAAAGAAAUCUGCAAAAAGAAGAUGGUAUCGUUUCAGUGCUAGUAGCACUGAUGGCAGGAAAAGCGGAGAUAAAAUACAAGCCAGAGAGCAUUCAGCCUCUUGAAAUAGUACAGCUGAUCCAAAACUUGGGCUUCGAUGCUACAGUCAUAGAAGACCAUACUGAUACAGAUGGCAAUGUAGAGCUUAUUAUUACGGGGAUGACUUGUGCUUCCUGUGUUCACAAUAUUGAAUCCAAACUAACCAGAACUAAUGGCAUCUUCUAUGCCUCCGUGGCACUUGCUACCAGCAAAGCUCACAUCCAGUUUGAUCCUGAAAUCAUUGGACCUCGAGAUAUUAUACAAAUUAUUGAGGGAAUUGGUUUUCAUGCUUCCUUGGCCAAGAGAGACCCUAAUGCUCAUAACUUGGAUCACAAAAAGGAAAUAAAACAAUGGAGGAAAUCUUUCCUGUGCAGCCUAGUGUUUGGAAUCCCUGUCUUAAUCUUAAUGAUAUAUAUGCUAAUACCUGCUGGCCAACAGCAUGGCACUAUGGUGCUGGAACAAAAUCUAAUUCCUGGAUUAUCUAUUUUAAAUCUUCUCUUCUUUGUCCUGUGCACUUUAGUUCAGUUCCUCGGUGGAUGGUACUUUUAUGUCCAAGCUUACAAAUCACUGAAGCACAAAACAGCCAAUAUGGAUGUACUGAUUGUGCUGGCCACAACUAUUGCUUAUAUAUACUCUUGUGUGAUCUUGGUGGUGGCUAUAGCUGAAAAAGCAGAGGAAAGCCCCGUCACGUUCUUUGACACACCACCCAUGUUAUUCGUAUUCAUUUCUCUUGGGAGAUGGUUGGAACACAUAGCAAAGAGUAAAACAUCAGAAGCACUUGCUAAACUAAUGUCUCUCCAAGCUACUGAAGCUACCAUAGUGACUCUUGGACCUGACCACUCCGUCAUCAGGGAGGAGCAGGUGGCUGUUGAACUGGUUCAGCGGGGUGACAUUGUAAAAGUUGUCCCUGGUGGGAAGUUCCCAGUUGAUGGAAAAGUCAUUGAAGGCAGCUCUAUGGCAGAUGAAUCUCUCAUUACUGGGGAAGCCAUGCCAGUCACUAAAAAACCUGGGAGCACAGUGAUUGCAGGUUCUAUAAAUGCGCAUGGCUCAGUUCUCGUUAAUGCAACUCACGUUGGGUCUGACACCACCCUGGCACAAAUUGUGAAAUUGGUAGAAGAAGCUCAGAUGUCAAAGGCACCCAUCCAGCAACUGGCUGAUAAGUUUAGUGGAUAUUUUGUUCCAUUUAUCAUCAUCAUUUCAACAGCGACAUUGCUAGUGUGGAUCACAAUUGGUUUUAUAAACUUUGAUGUUGUUCAGAAAUACUUUCCUCAUCAGAACAAACACCUCUCAAAAGCUGAAGUAAUAGUGAGGUUUGCAUUUCAAACCUCAAUCACUGUGUUGUGCAUUGCAUGCCCCUGUUCCUUGGGCUUGGCUACUCCAACAGCUGUGAUGGUGGGCACAGGAGUUGCUGCUCAGAAUGGUAUUCUCAUCAAAGGUGGAAAACCCCUGGAAAUGGCCCACAAGAUAAAGACUGUGAUGUUUGAUAAAACUGGGACCAUCACCUGUGGCGUUCCUAAAGUCAUGAGGAUGCUCUUGCUAGGGGACACGGCUAAGCUGUCCCUAAAGAAGGUACUUGCAAUUGUCGGCACUGCAGAAGCCAGCAGUGAGCAUCCCUUAGGAAUGUCUGUCACUAAAUACUGUAAAGAGGAACUUGGCACCGAGAGUCUGGGAUACUGCACAGAUUUUCAGGCAGUCCCAGGCUGUGGAAUCAGCUGUAAAGUGUGCAAUGUGGAAGCUAUACUGGGCCAGAGUGAGCAGAGUCUGAACGAGCAGAAUACUUACCUGAGCAGUGUCAGCACGGUUUCGCUGGGACACAGUUCAUCGAUCAUGGUCUCUGAAUCUGAAGGUGAAGCAGCCCCUCUGACCUACUCAGUGCUGAUUGGAAAUCGUGAAUGGAUGAGACGGAACGGCUUGCUUAUAUCCAAUGAUGUUAAUGAUGCAAUGACAGGCCAUGAAAUGAAAGGACAGACAGCCAUAUUAGUGGCUAUAGAUGGUGCGUUGUGUGGAAUGAUCGCGAUAGCAGAUACCGUCAAACAGGAGGCAGCGCUUGCGGUGCACACUCUGCAAAAUAUGGGAAUAGACGUGGUGCUAAUAACAGGGGACAACAGAAAAACUGCAAAAGCAAUUGCUACUCAGGUUGGCAUCAAAAAGGUCUUUGCUGAGGUUCUGCCCUCUCACAAAGUCGCAAAGGUUCAGGAACUCCAGAACGAAGGGAAGAAGGUUGCCAUGGUUGGAGAUGGAGUCAACGAUUCCCCGGCAUUGGCUGGAGCAGACGUUGGCAUUGCUAUUGGAACAGGCACGGAUGUUGCCAUUGAAGCUGCAGACGUCGUUCUUAUUCGAAAUGACUUACUGGACGUGGUUGCUAGUAUUCAUCUAUCAAAGAGGACAGUAAGAAGAAUACGAAUAAAUCUGGUCCUUGCCUUAAUUUAUAAUCUGCUUGGGAUACCUAUAGCAGCAGGGGUGUUCAUGCCUAUUGGAAUUGUUCUGCAGCCAUGGAUGGGGUCAGCUGCAAUGGCAGCUUCUUCAGUAUCUGUGGUGUUAUCUUCCCUGCAACUGAAAUGCUACAAGAAGCCAGGAACUGAAAGGUAUGAAGCAAAAGCUCAAGGCCACAUGAAGCCACUGACUCCUUCCCAAAUCAGUGUUCACAUUGGGAUGGACGACAGGAGACGGGAUUCACCCAGGCCAACUGCCUGGGAUCAGAUUAGUCAAGUGUCUCUUUCCUCUCUGACUUCAAACAAGCUGCACAGACAUGGUUUGUUUAGAGAGGAAGAAGGUGGCAAGUGGUCACUGCUCACUAGUGACCGAGAUGAAGAACAGUACAUUUAAAUGCUGCAUCCUAUCACUGAACAUGAAGUCACUGUGAUUCUUCACCAUUGGCAGCGAUGACCACGAGACCCACAUAAGUAUAAAUGGAACCCUGAUGUUCCAGUUUGCAAAGCAGCUCAGAAAUUCAGGAUUAGAUUGUGUGAAUUAUGAUUUUGUCAGUUCACAAAUAAUUUCCAGUCAUUGAAAAAGCUUGAGACCCUACAAUGAAUUAUGCCCUACAAUGAAUUAUGCCCUUUACUUCUUGCGCAGUGGGAAGUUGGAGUCCACAAAGCCUAACAGGACCCCUACGUUGUGGAUCAGUUACUGAGAAUCAAAACCCCAACCUGUCCAGUCUCAUUGACUCUCUUGUGCUUCUUUAUGGAACUUCUGUGAAAAGAUUUUUAAAUUAAAUGACCUAGAAAAUGAAUUUGGCAGAAAGUGACAACCAUUAAACCGGACAUCAAAUAGCUCUAUAUUUGGGGAUCAUAUUUUUACAUAGAAUCAAAUCUAGUCAUCUCAAUGUGGGAAAAUUUUAUAUUUAGGGCUCAGACAACAUGUGUGUGUUUGAUUAGCACAAAAAUAUAUUAAUUGUAUAUUUUGCUGUGCAUAAAACUUGUAAAAUUCUGUUUCAAAGAUGACCAUGUAUCUUAUAGCAUCACUAAUUGUAUUUUAUGAAACGUCUCCAUUUGCCAGACUUGCUUGCUGCGUGCAACUACUCCUCUUAAGUUUUCCAGUUUUCUCGUGUGUGUUCUUCAGAGCCCUUUCUUCCCAGUAAAGUUCCACCUUUAGACAUUUGUUAUGUCUUCAGAUUUUUCCCAUGGGAUGAGGUCCUACAAGGCACUGGGGACCCUGCAAUUCCUGUUGAAAUUCAGAGUUUGAGCUCCUCUCUGGGUUUUACUCUGGUUCAGGAUAGCUCACCAUUUUGUCAAAUCUUUUGACACUCCUGAUAACUGCAGUGUUCAGCUGUUUCUUUGAUGUGCAGAGUGGCAUAAAUGUAAGCCAUCCUGGUGGCUCAAUUAUUGGUACUUUCAUGCUAAUGCAUUGACGAGAUGCUUUCCGACUUAGAGUGUUUGUUCUUGGUCCUGAUGGGAGCUAGAAUGUUAGAGGUGACAUGCUCAGUCUCUGUGCUGAUGGAUUAGCUAACAGUGCUUUUCAAGGACUCUGUGGAAGUUGUGGGGACACCUCAAAAGCCAAGAUUCAACAGAGAGGCAGAGUUUGGGAGGCUGUUCUGUGCAAAUGGCAGAUGAGAAAGAAGUAGUAGGUUAAAGCCCAUCUAUAACUCCACUCAAAAUCCCUCUUGAUAUCUUGUGUUAGAGCUGAGUGCUUAAAGUAAAGUCCAUGCCUGAAAACUCACCCUAUCCCCUUUAAAAAUUACUGCAUUAUUACAGAUCACGUCAAGCUAAAAGGGACUCUUACUUCAUCUCUGAGUUUAUCUUGGACCACAAACACUACAGCCAAUGCUUAAAAAUUGCCACUAGGAGGCAACUGUGUAUAUAUAACAAUAAUUAUACUGGUGUAACAGAGAACAGAGCGUGACCAAGUGUUCAUGGGAUUCCAGGGUGGUUGGAGGGGAUGGGGGGGAAAGGGUUUGAGAUUACUGUACUGUUUAAAUAGCACCACAUAACACAGCUUGUUGGUCGUUUUAAAAUAAAAGUGUAAACCAAUUAAAAAUGGAGAUAAUAGUGCAUGGCCACCAGGCUUUCAUUUAUUCUGGUAUGAAUCAUCUCAGCAGUGCUAGCUGUUUGUCAUUUAAUCCUAUUCUGGUUUAUAGCCCGUGAAGACUUUGGAAUUUAUUUAAAUGGAGUUUUAACAUUUUUGUAGUGUUUUAUCUCCCUGCUUGGGCUAGUGUAAUGACAAAUCAAGGUGGAAGAGAAAAGCCUUCUCUCACGCUGCUAAAGUAUGAGCUUAAUCACCGCAACUUUGUUUCCAAAUUCACCCUCCAAUACUUGUCUCUUAGUCAGGGCAUUUGGAGUCAGGUGCUUCAGUGAGCUGAGUGGGUGAAAUCCUGGCCCCAUUGAAGUAAAAAAAAAUCUGAAGUUGGGAAGUGGGGCAGGAUUUUACCCUGGUAAAAGACCCCAAAUCAUUGCCCUGGGCAGUGGUGAAAGCACUGGUUUGGUUUGGUUUGGUUUAAAGUCUGCCAGUUUCCCUACAAAGGGCCAAAUCAUGCUUCCACUAAAGUAAAUGUCCACUCUCCAGCAGACUCUGAGGGAAAGAGUGUUGUGUUCAUAACAUUGGAAAUUGGUUCCAAUCGUAAUGUUCUAUCCUUUGCAUGUCCUUUUUAAUAAUUUCCUUUAUAUUUAGGUUCCUGUAAAUGACCCAUUCAUCUCUGUUGACUAAUCACAACAUUUGCUAGGAUGUAAUUACACUGAUUUUUUUCACAUUUCCAUUUCAAAACUAUAAAAACUUUUUUAGAUAAUUUAAAAGUAUACAACUGUAAAAAUAUCCAGUAAAACAUGCAAUAGCUGGCUGGUCUUGGUCCCAGUGAGAGGUUUUCUAUUGUUUGGACUAAUUUAAAAUUUUUCAUAUCAAUCUGUAGAAUAAAUCUGGGUUUCUUGUCACAUUUUUCUCUUUUGGGUAAGUGAAACAAAAUCUGAGAUUAAACAGAAGCUAUUGGACUGCAGAAUCUGCACAUCUGAUGUGCCGUGAGUAGCCCAGGUUGAUAGAAUGCAGCUUUCAGAAGCAGUCACCUUUGGCCUAACUUUGCUCCUGCUGAAAUCCCAUCCCUAAAGCACAGAUAAUGCCAGACAGAUUUGCUUUGCUUCUUUUCUUUUUUAAAAUCAAAUUGCAGUUUAAAGAUAUAUCUUGUUCCAUCAACAAAACUCCUUUGGAUCAAGACUAGCUCAAUACAUUGAGCCAUUCUUAAUGCAUCUGUUACUAUGUCAUCAAAGGUUACUUGAAAAGGAUGCUGGCAUAGACCGUUACAAUAUAACAGGGAUUGGAAACUGGUUAGAGGACUGUAAAUUGGUGACGAUACCAAAUAAAGAGAACGCACCAAUGGGGUGGAGCAAGGAGUAGUUUUAGGUUUUAUUUAAUGUCUUUAUUAAUGAGCUGGAAGAAGGGAUAAAUACCCUAAUUAAAUUUGCAUCAUGUCCUAAACUGAGAGCUAUUUCAAACCUCACUGAGAAAUAAUAUAAUGGAGCCUUGAAUAAUUAGACACAGGGAGGAAAAAUUGAGGCCCUGGUCCUGAAACUUGUUCCAUGUGAGUAGACCCUGUGUUCUCAUUGAGCCCCCAUUGACUUGAGUGGGGCUGUAUGAGGGUGCAUGGGACUAGAUGCAAGAUUGUCUUUAAACUUUAGGAAGUUACUUGAAUUGUGAGCUUUUUGAGUAAAGAGUGUCUCUGUUUUUGUACAGCACCUAGCACAAUGGGAUCCUGGUCUAUGACUGGGUCUGCUAGGCACUACCUCAAUACCACCAUUAUUACUUGAGUGGGGCCAACAUUCAUCUUGGAAAAAUAUAAACUGAGACAUCUGAGGAUGAAUAACAUAGGCCCCGGUAUUCAAUGGGAGGUUGGUGUUAAGUUCUUACCCCAGCAGCAGGAAAAAAUCUAAGUAUCUUGUAUUGGGAGUACUUGGGCAAAUCUGGGAGGCAACAUGGCCUAAUGGGUAGAGCACUAGACUGGGACUCAGGAGACUUGGUUUCCAUUCCCAGCUCAGCCCCUGGCCUGGGUGACCUUGGAAAAGUCCCUUCAUCUCCCUGUGCCUCAGUUUUCCCAUCUGCAAAAUGGGGAUAAUGGUGCUGACCUUCUUUGUGAAGCACUUGGAGCUCUACUGAUGAAAAGUGCUAUAUCAGAGCCAGGUAUUACGUGGUCUUAAUUUUUAAAAAUUGCAUGUUUUAAGGGCCCCUAGAGCCUGGGAUGGGCACUUUUGUUAUAGUGCAAAAAAUAAA